ACGGGGCCUGGGAGAGGUGGGGCCUUCCGUGCCCACAGCAGCCCCUCUCUGCCUGCUGACCCUGCCUCCUCAGCCCCUUGGGGGCCCAAGACUAGUGACCGAGGGGGCGCCACCUGAGACAGAAGCCUUACCUGGGCACCAUCUUACCUGGACGUGGUCGAACAUGAGUCUGUGGCCCACGGCUGGCAGGCUCAGGGCUGUGACCUCUGGGGCCUCCCAGGUCUCAGGUGUGGGCUGUAGUGGCUGGCCACAGGGAGGCCUCAGCCACCUCCUCGCGGGCCCGGCUCGGCAGUCCCGUGGGUCGUCUUCGCUGACCUGGCUGCUCCCGAGGGCCCGGGAGAGCACACGUCCUCACACCUGCCCAGGAGGCCCCAGCCAGAGGCAGGAAAGAAAGGCCAGGCCCGGGCCACACAGGAUGGGGCCGCUGGUGUCCUCAGUCCCUCCCGCCCUCUGGGUCCCAGGCUGCCUCGCCCUGCUCCUCUGGCUGUGGGUGCUGUGUGCUGCCUGCCACAGGAAGCGGGUGCAGAGGCAGCCGGCCGGCCUGCAGGGCAGUGUUAUGCCCACAGCCACGGUGAGUUCCAGGCUGUCCCCAGGCUGGGACGGGGCCGGCAGGAGACUGACUUGCCUCCCUUGCCGCCAGUCGACGCUGACACAGCCCCGCCUCGGCACCCUCGGCACCCUCAGCAAGUCCGACACCAGGCUGCAUGAAGUGCACCGGGGCCCACGCCAAGCAGCCCUCCGGCCAGCCAGCAUGGAUCUCUUGGGCCCACAAUGUCUGGAAGUGUCCAGAGGCACCAUCAGGCCACCGGCUGCCUUCUCACACCGGGAACUGCCCCAGACCUCGCCUGCUACCACCGAUGCCCAGCCCUCCGUGGGUCCCGAGGCCACCUAUUCCAACGUGGGGCUGGCGGCCAUCCCCAGGGCCAGCCUGGCGGCCAGCCCCGUGGUGUGGGCAGGGGCACGGCUGACCAGCAGCUGGGCCAGACCUGGGCCCGAGGCCAGGCCAGAGCUGGCUGAGUAUGCUCGCAUCCACAAGCUCAAGGGAGCAGACCAGGGGCCCCAAGGCCUGGAGCAGGGGAGGGCCCAGGGCAUCCCAGCCACCCAGGUGGACAUCCUGUACUCCAGGGUCAACAAGCCUAAAAGGAGGGACCCAGGACCUGCUGCAGACCCGCUGGACCCCAAGGGCAGGGCAGAGAUUCUGGCUCCUGGGAGGAGCCUGUCCUACGAGGCCCUCCCACUCAGAGGCCUGAGCGCCGACCACGCCGACAACGGGGUGCUAGAAAACGUGUACGAGAGCAUCCAGGAGGUGGGGCUCUCCCGCAGGCUGGCAGCCCCCAGCUCCAGCCCCUAGAUGGGACCGGAAGGGCUCCUGCUCCCGGGCCUCAGCCGCACAGGGGUCUGUGACCCCGCCCCCGGCACCCAAGCACAGAUGUUCCCUCCCCCUGCGUGGGGCCUGGCCCCUGUUCCCUCCCAGUCCCCCCCCCCCACACAGCUGGCAGCCUGAGAGAACCGUGGGGUCCGGGGCGCCCUGGCCUCUCCCACCAGCGUCUUAAUAAACCCCCAGCGCGGAGAGGAUGAACCCAGUGCCGCGCAGCCGUCUCUUCCGAAAGCCUGGAGGUUUGGGGGGACCGUCUGCAGGAAAUGAAAACAUCCCCUGAGCUCAGGGGCUGGCUCCCGCCUUCUGGGGCGCCUGGGCCCUCGGCUGGUCACUAGGCUCCCAAGACAGUGCGGGGACAGAGGUCAGGUUAGGGGUGGUGUCCCUAGGCCGGGUCUAGACGGGGUGCAGCCUGCCGGCAGAGUGGCCGCCCCAGGGUCGUACUUACACCGCGAACACCGAGGGAGGGCUCGGGCUGCCCAGCCCAGCAGUUA